AUGAGUAAAUCGAAAUGCCAGGCGACGUCGACGGUGGACGCGAACAUACCGCCCCGAAACAGCUGUCAAGAAGAGUACCUCUUUCUGCUCGAGUUUUACGUGCGCGAGAUCCAGAGCUCGCGACUGGCCAAGCUCAACGAGAUGUUCUUCGUGCCCACGACCGUCGCCUUUUGCUUCCUCGACUUCAACAUGGACGACGGGCUGCAGCUGACGCCGGUGGACCCGUUGUUCGAGCCCCAGGCCGGCAUAGCCGACGACGUCGAGAGCUUCCACAACGGCAGAUCGGUACUGUUCGCCCUGUCCCGCGAGGGCCUGACCAACAUGCACUCCGAGUUCAAGAUCAACAUGAGCGUCGUGAAAAAGAUGCCCGCCGACAUAAAGCCGGACGUCCUGGUCGGCAAAGCCCAGAUCGACAUGACCCCGCACUUUGCCGCCCUGCGCAAGGAGACCAUCGACAUGGCGAAAUACGGCGAUUCGGCGAUACCGUGCCUGGACGACGAGAACGUGGCCCUGGUGUUUGGUGGUUGCCUCGUGGGUAGCCUGAGCGUCUUUGCCCGCGUCUCCGUCCACGGGCAGACGAUCGUCACCGAGUUCGAGUCACCGAGCGACGACCCGUCCACCGCCUCGGCCUUCCUCUUCCGAGCCGACGACCGCGACUGCGAGGGCAAGCCCCUGGGGUACAAGUGCCGCGUCCUCGACCCCGAAAAGUGCGACCUGUCGAGCCUCCUCUCGGAGGACGGCUCCAAGGACGAGUGCGCCGUCUGCCAGCCACCCAAGCUCCCCUGCGCUCCCUGCCGCGUCGGCUCCGGCGCCAGAGUGACGUCCGAGGGCUGCAGCGCCCCGAGCCAGCCGCGCCCGGCCCCCGAGUGCCAGCCGAAGACCGCCUGCCGGCCCAUCCAGACGAGCAGGGGCCCCAGGGAGCCCUGUGGGAAAGCCGUCGUGCUCAAGGUGUCGGGGCUGAUAGAUUUCUGCGAGGAUCCGACGGGUAAGAAGCAGCCGGCGCGGGUGACCGUGGCCGGGGAGGACGAGGCUGCGACUCCGGCGGACCUGAGCGACCCGGACCACGACGUGUUUGUCUUGAGGAUCGGUAAGAAGGGAUUGGUCGGGGCUGCCGAGAAGUCGGACAUUCAGCUGGAGAUGCGCACGCCAAAGGGACCGGACAAACGCCCUCCCGUGAGACUCGAGACGCGGGAGAUGCAGACCGAGGAAGGCUCGGAGGGCAAAGGUGGCAAGGCCCCCAAGGGCAAGAAGAAGAAAUAAAGUCCCCGUUUUUACCCCUUAAAACACGUGCACCG